AUGGAGGAUCGGGUGGCACUGCCCGGCGGCAACGGACUGCUUGACCUGCGAAAGAGCAGCCUGGAGGAGCUACAGCUCGCAAGGAUUUACACACGCAACAGAACAGAGGUAGCAUUGGCACAAGGCUAUCUCAGCGAGGAGGAUGAUUCUGAUGGUGAUGAGCUCGACGGCAAGUUGUACACAGAGAAGUACUACCACGACAAUGGCAACCUCAAGUACUUUCGAACUUACCUACGACUCCCUCCGACGGUAACACAGCGGGCAUGUGAGAGGGUGGUUGAAGAGAAGCACUUCGACGUGGACGGUGUAUGCCGUCUCGAUGUGCACUUCGCUCUGGGACAGCCUUUCCUGAGCCGCAAGCACUUCUACCCAAAUCAGCGGAUGAAGUCAGAAAAGCUGUUCUUUGUGGAGGACGAGCGGACGAUGCAAGCCAGAAAGGCUGGGCACUGGAGAGAGUACUAUGAAGGAGGGCAAAUCAAAUCGGAAAUUCAGUACGACGAGCAUGGAGUUCGAAACGGAUUCUGCAAAAGGUAUGGGGUCGAUGGUUCGCAGGAGUGGGUCAAAGACUACACAAAGGAGUACGGAGAGCGCAUUGCCGUGUUCAACGCGAAGCGAGGGCAGCUUGAGUCGAAUUUGCGAAGCUGCUGGCUCUCUGUGUGCGUGUGUGUGUGCGUGCAUUCUCAUGGUGUGCUUCAGACUUUGCAGUGUCCCGAGCACUUGAGCACUACCAUCCUGGCUGGAAAAUUCCUGCUUGCCAAGUCCUAA